AUGGCUAUCUGUUCAGCAAUUGAUAAAACACCUCGAUGGCUAGUUAUUCUUAUUGGUGUUAUCAGUGGAGCUGCCUUACUUUCAGUGUGCAUCGCUACACUAGUUGUUGUAGCUCGUAACCAACGACAGAAUGUAGAGGUAAGUACAACAACAACAACAACAACAACAACAACAACAACAACAACAACAACAGCAAAAACAACAACAACAACAACAACAACAACACCAUCAACAACGACAACAUCAACAACAACAACAACAAACAAAACGGCAGUACAAACAACUAGCACAGGUAAAGUACUAGGGAAAGCUGAGCUGCAACGAGAUUAA